GAGAGGGAGCAAAAUGUUGCGUGUUUUGCACAGAUACAUGAACGGCGUUCGCAUGUUCGCUUCUCCUGCAACGUACAUCGGCACAACAUCAUUACGGUUCCCUGAUCAUCUGCAAUAGUUCCAUAUUUAAGGAGAAAGAGCAGACAUUCGGGGACGAUCCAGCUGAACAUCGAAGAAUGUACUGGGGUGUUGGUUUUGCAUCGUCCAGAUCAUGCGUGGUUGAUCUGAGCAGGAAUCAAAGCUUUUCUCUGGGACUUUGCGGUUCUGACGAUCACUAUUCCUUUUAUGGAUACAUAAUCACUUUUCCUUUGCAGGAUUACUGUAACAUCAUGUCAGGGCUGGGAGCAGAAUCAUGGUGGAAGAAAACGCUGUGCCUGACCGGUGGAGCCCUGCUAGCAGCUGCUGCAUACCUCUUACAUGAACUGCUAGCAAUCAGAAAGGAACAAAAACUUGAUUCAAAAGAUGCAAUUAUUCUGCAUCAGUUCUCACGACCUGAGUGUGAGGUACCUAGUCUGUCUCCUUUUUGCUUGAAGAUGGAAACGUAUCUUCGAAUGGCAGACUUGCCAUACCAGAAUUACUUUGAUGGCAAACUCUCUCCUCAAGGAAAGAUGCCAUGGAUUGAAUAUAAUCAUCAAAAGGUAUCAGGGACAGAGUUCAUUAUUGACUUUCUUCAAGAAAAACUGGGAGUUAAUCUAAAUAAACAUCUGGAUUCCAGGGAAAGAGCUGUCUCAAGGGCCAUUACAAAAAUGAUGGAAGAACACUUCUAUUGGGCCAUAGUAUACUGUCAGUGGAUUGACAACCUCCAUGAGACCAGAAAAAUACUGUCUGUCUCAGGUCCAUUCAGUGGUUUCCUGAAAUGGAUACUGUGUCACCUAACAAGAGGAAUAGUUAAACGGGAAAUGUACGGUCAAGGUAUUGGUCGCUUUUCAAAGGAAGAAAUAUAUACCUUAAUGGAGAAGGAUAUGCGAUCACUUUCUGUGAUUUUGGGUGAUAAAAAGUACAUUAUGGGCCCAAGGCCUUCCACAGUGGAUGCUGCUGUGUUUGGGCAGUUGGCUCAGGCUAUGUGGACACUGCCAGGAACCAGGCCAGAAAGACUGAUCAAAGACGAACUAGUUAACCUUGCCAUGUACUGUGAGAGGAUUAAAAGGAAGUUCUGGCCUGAAUGGAUUGAAGAGAGUGAUGAUGCUUCAUAUGACAAUGAAGAUCUGUCUAGUGAAGACAGUUUGACUCCCACACCAUUACAAGACUUCAGCUUAUAUUCUCGCACAGAAACUUUUGAUGAAGAAGUAACUGAGAACAGUGUCUCCUAUUCCCAAACUCCGGACACUGAUUAUACCGGCCAUUCACUUUUUGAUUCAGAUGUUGAGAUGGAAGAGUACACAGACAAUGAGUUGGGUAAAUGAAGCAGAGUGAAAAAAAAACCUUCUAGGUUGAAGAAAAAUACAUUAUUGCAAAUUUUGCACCUUUCACAGUUAGUCUUGAGAUCACUAGGAAUCCGUCAGUACAGGUAUUGUUAUUUGGACCAAUGUGAUAAUAUCGCCAUGCCAGUUAGAAUCACAGAAAAACUCCUUUACACUUCUAUCAAGUGUGUAGUAAUUAACUGAACAAUAUGCUUAAAUAAAGCCAAUAGAACAGCACAUUUAGUCAU